AUGAAGUUGAACAUUGUCUCUUCUCUUGUACUGCUGCAGUCCCUCGCCUGCUCAGCGUUGAAUGUCCCAUUCAGUGUUUCAGGCCGAUGGAUCCAUGACUCAAAGGGUAAAGUCUUCACCUACGCUGGGGCCAACUGGCCCGGUGCAGGCGAAGUCAUGAUCCCAGAGGGGAUGCAGUACGCCUCUAUUUCAUCAACGGUCUCCAAACUCAAGAACCUGGGAAUGAAUGUUAUUCGAUUGACCUUUCCCACUGAGCUGGUCGAUGACAUACUCGACAGUGGCGGAGAUGUCACCGUCCAGAAAUCGCUUACCAACGCGCUGGGAUUAACGAACGGCACCAAGGUAUUCGACGAGAUCCGGAAGGUGAACCCGCAGAUCACGGCGUCGACGACUCGACUUCAAGUAUAUGACAUGGUAGCUGCGGAGUGCAACAAACAAGGAAUCUAUGUACAUUUGGAUAAUCACAUCUCGAAAGCGAUGUGGUGCUGCUCCACCACGGAUGGCAAUGCAUGGUUUGGAGAUACCUACUUUGAUGUUCCCAAGUGGAUGCGAGGGCUGGAGUACAUGGUUUCUCAUGCCAAAUCAUGGCCCAAUUUUGUCAGCAUCGGACUGCGCAAUGAGCUUCGCCAGCCCGCCACUGCCAACCCAGAAUACCCCUAUAACUGGGGGACGUGGUACACGCAGAUGACAACAGCAGCGAAGAGGGUCAAUGCGGCCAAUCCCAACGCGCUGAUCUUCCUGUCCGGUUUGAACUACGAUACCACGCUCUCGCCUAUUCCGACAGCAUCGGACCUGGGCAAUGGUGUCAAAUUCCGUCUCUCUGACUUUGCCUUUGCGAGUAAGCUAGUCAUGGAGAUCCACAACUAUGAGACCGGUGCUACCAGCUGCAGUGCGCUGUCCAGUGCGCUAUGGAAUGCUGGACUCAAGGCCCUCAAUUCGUCUGAUCCGUCGAUUGUGAAUUCCAUGCCGGUGGUCUUAACCGAGUUUGGGUUCCUGCAGGACAGUACCACAUGGAAGAAUGUGUAUGCCAGCUGUCUGAGGACGUGGAUCCCUGAGCAGCACGUCGGUUGGAUGACUUGGGUCAUUGCGGGGAGCUAUUACAUCCGGCAAGGAAAUCAAGACAUGGACGAAACAUGGGGUGAGAAAGAUUCCGCCUGCGUGGACGCGCAAUAUAAUUUCUUACAUGCAUCUGGAGUUACUAGUCGCGUGGCUAUCCCUACACUAGUCCUGAAUAUGAGUCAGCUCAGGCUGCUUGUGCAUUGGCAGACGGAGACCUAUAAGACGUUCACUCGUAGGGAGGAAACCAAACAUGUCUGGCUGGUUCUCAUAGUCGAGGAAGCCUUGGGAAACCCGUUCCUAAUGCACGGGAUCUUGGCUGUGUCCGCGUUACAUAUCUCUCUCGCCGAGUCGUUUUGCCUGGAUCUGGCGUCGGCACAUAAGACCAAGGCGCUUCAUUCAUUCGUGGGAGGACUCACAGAUAUUAAUUUAACGAACGCUAAAGCUAUGGUGAGCUUUGCUGGAUUUGUCGUUGCAUUUGCCUUCGGCUCAGCGCUCACAGGGUCCGCCGAACCCGACAAGCCUAGCCUUGAUGCGCUCAAGAAUAUCUUUGUGUUAUGCCGUGGUGUUCAGAAAAUUACGAAUACAGCUUUUUCCCACCUGUGGCAAAGCACAUUUGCGCCGCUUUUUGAUGCCCGUACCCCCGACACUGCCAUUCCCAGUCGUGUGAAGGAGGCCCUCGAGAACCUUACAAAACUCAACGAAGAUUGCGGCGUCGAGAGCACCCAUCCGACAGCUACUUAUCUGCACGCAAUUGAGACUCUGGUGGACCUGUCAGUAUACACUUACGCGCAACCAGACUCAAUGACUUUGGCCGUUGGGUGUUUCUAA